ACUGAACUAAACACUCGUCGAUAUCUAGUCGAAAACUUCAGUAAAGAUAUAUCUCAUGUAAUUGAUGAUUGAGUGUAACGUUAAGUAAGGAAAAUGGCUUCUUCGGUUAGGUCAGCUUUACUGUUUUGCCACCCAUCUAUGGAAGGUCUGGCUGAAGACAUUGCAAAAAAGUGCUGUGCAGCAAAUUCAGAGCCAUUCAUCCCGGUUGUGACUCCAGUUUCCCCUUUUUCUUUUGCCGAGUCUGCAGCAGAAGAAAGGCGACUGAAGAAAUUUCAACAGGUUCAAUUUGUCAAGACGAUUCAAUGGGAUAAGUUCAAAGAUGGAUGGCCUAAUCUCUUCAUUGAGAAAGUCAGAGAAUGCGCUGGAAGGGAUGUCAUAUUUCUUGGAAGUUUUCAUUCCCCUGAGGUGGUGUUUGAGCAACUCUCAAUAAUCUACCAUAUGCCAAGGUAUUUAGCCAGAUCAUUCAAAUUUAUUCUACCCUAUUUUCCCACCGGUACUAUGGAGAGGAUAGAUACAGAAGGACAAAUAGCUACAGCUAAGGUUCUGGCAAUGCUGCUUUCUGCUAUUCCUUCAACGGCUCGGGGACCAGCUCAGAUUGUCAUGUUUGAUAUUCAUGCUCUGCCUGAGAGAUUCUACUUCUCUGAUCAGGUUAUUCCAAGACUGGAAUCGGCCAUUCCCUUACUAGUGAAGGAAAUCUUUAACAUGCCAGAUGAUAUCCAGGCAAACCUUAGUGUUGCAUUUCCUGAUGAAGGUGCAUAUAAGAGAUUUCAUCAAAUGUUUGAAGAUUUUCCAAGUAUACUCUGUACUAAGAUACGAGAUGGUGAUCAUAGGAUCGUCUCUAUUAAGGAGGGUGAAACAUUUGGACGUCAUGUGAUCAUCAUAGAUGACUUGAUACAGACAGGUGGUACACUCAUAAAUUGUGCAAAGGUUUUACAGAAGCACGGAGCACUCUCUGUGAAUGCAUUUGUGACUCAUGCUGUCUUUCCUCAGCAUUCUUGGAGAAGGUUUUUGGAAGAUGAUGUUAAAUUGGAUACUUUCUGGAUCACAGACUCUAUCCCGCAUGCCAAGCAUAUUGCUCAGCAUCCUCCUUUUAAGCUCCUCUCCUUGUGUGAUGCCAUCUCUGAGACUUUGCUCAGCUAUGACCUCAAAGAGUGAAGACUGCUAGAUAUACAGUAAACCCCUUUUUAGGCUGGUAUUUCUUAAUCCAAGAUUUUUCCUAGUUCAAAACUCUGAUACUCCCAUAUAUAUAUAUAUAUUCUUUC